UGUGCCGUGUGAUCUCUCCAAAUCGUUUGAUGAAUGACAUCGGGUCUUAUGCUCCCGGACUGGCCGAGGGCCUACCCAGCAGGCACCACCGUGGACAUGUCAUGGGCAGGUUAGGACCUUCGUUCCAGCCUGUGGAUGCUCGCUGGUCCGUGAUGAGACGCGAUGCCGCAUGCAGUGGACGCAUUUCAUUUUGACACCAAGUAAAACCUCGCUUUUUAAUUUUUUUUUUUUUUUUUUUUUUUUUUAACGAGCCGACGCCGCUGCCUUCCUGUCUUCUCUUGGAUUGAGGAUCAGAAGAAGGCUUCAAGACGGAGGGGGUGGUGGAGCAUCGAGGGAAAAACAGGGGCAAUAUGAGAGAGCGGGACUUCAUGCCCAAUAUGGAGAGGGGCAAACCAGCUACUUAUACAGGGGACAAAAAGGCUAAGAUGGCUGCUAAGACCAACAAGAAGUGGGUGAGACUAGCCACGGUCUUUGCUUAUGUUUUGUCCGUGUCCUUAGCGGCCAUCAUCCUGGCUAUUUACUACAGCCUCAUCUGGAAGCCCACCAGCGCAUCCUCGUCCACGUCCGCUGGAAAGCCGGGGGCGCCGGAGGGGGUCACGGCUCCGCCGGCGAACAUCACCGCUAACGCGUCCGAGUGGAACUCCACGCAGUUGGCAGUCAAGCAAAGCGCGAGGCAGCAGGGCUCGACCCCGCACUCCCGGGCUUUUCAGUGGGAUCACACCGAGGAGGAGAGCGACGACAUGGCGGACGGACUUUACGCAUCGACCCGCGCAGCCACGCAGACAUCGGGAAGCGUGGACAGGGAGACGCGAGUGGAGGAGGACGAGGAUGCGCUCAGACGUGAUCCGGAUCAGGUAGCUUCUGAUGCCACCACCGUGCCACCAAGCGGGAUCUGAGUGACCGGGCCUCCCCCAAAAGUCGCACCACUCCCACAUUGUGUUUGACAGACUGCCGCUGGUCGGACAGCUACAACACACGUCACUCAUUGGCAAAAUCCUCUUAUGGAUUCUUAGCUUCACUUUGGACCUGACAGUUUGCCGUGACCAAUGACUGAUAUAUGAGGAGACCCCACUUCUAUCAAAGAACCCCCAACUAUGCUGUUUUGUUUUUUGUAGUUUGUUUGUCCGUUUAGGCCAUUUGUAUGCCUUAAAGCCAUGUUGAACUGUUUUAAGGGCCUCUCUGUAUAUGGAUAGACAACUCCGGUAAAGGCGUUUUGCCGAAACAAUUGGACAGGAGUCGUUUUCGGUUUGGACACGCUUCCCAUCACUUCUGUUCAUGAACACUGACUUGUUGCAUUAUGACAUAUAGGCUGUAUUUACUUUCAUGGAUCAAGCCUGGAUUGCAAGUAGACAAAUUUAUAUGAUUGGGUUAUGCUCAGGUAUGUGCAUAUAACGAUGUAUAUGUAUUGCGCUACUGGUUAUGUACAUAUAUAGAAGCGGGCAUACAUCUUUUUUGGCCUUGAUAAGCCUCGUGUAAUUAGCUGAUUUUUAUUAAAGGUACCUUAUGUACAAUAGGUAUAACUAUAUCCAAAAUAUACAAAUA